AUUUUUGCCAAACCUGCUUGCACACUCCACAAAACAGGUGGCCUCCUUGGAGGAACACCGCCGGUUGAAAUCCUGCCUGUUUUCGUUCCGGCUUUCCUGAUGAAUUCACUGCGGUGAACAUCCUCCAAAGCGGACAAGCCCAGUUGGACCCCGUGCCGCAGCGAUGACGCAAUUCCAGACGUUGGAGCAGGCCCUCGGAGAGGUGGUGUGCACCUUUCAACGCUAUUGCCGGAAGGAAGGGGACCGCAACACCCUGAGUAAAGACGAGCUACGGAGCCUCCUGCAGACCGAACUCCCCAGCUUGCAAACGCUGCAGAUCAAAGGCCAGGCUUUGGAAGAAAUGCUCACCCUGUUGGACACCGAUCGGGACGGAGAGGUCACCUUCGAAGAAUACAUCCGCUUCGUGGCGGCCGCCUUCACCUUCUUCCACUUGCAGUUCCGCGAUGCUCCCGUGGUCCAACCACGGGUCUAAGCGGGGGGGGGGAGUAUGAUUGCGGAUGGCGUCGCUGUGAAGAGGUCGGCGGCUCUGGACAGACAGACGGAUGGGUUUUUUCAGGUGGGGAGAGAGAGACAGCUGGAAGUUCUAGCAAAGAAGCAAAAAUAAAACCUCAUUAAAAAAAAUCUGAAUC